AUGUCCCAGCCAUGGGACUAUAUUGCUAAGCUCGUUUGCAUCGGUGAUUCCGGCACCGGCAAGUCCAGCCUCACUAUCCGCCUCUGUGAAGGUCGCUUCUCCUCGUCGCAUGAUGUCACCAUUGGGGUUGAGUUCGGGUCAAGGAUUGUUCCAGUAGGACCACCUGCUUCGCGAGAGUUGGGCAUUGAGGAGUUCUCUCGCGACGCGUCUGGCUCUGGUGGAGAUCCAUCUCCAUCAGAGUCCGCAACUUCGGGUCUACCCAGCCCGCCACGCAAGCCGGAGUCUUCUUCCCCCCAGAAGCGAAUGAAACUGUCGUUGUGGGAUACAGCUGGACAGGAGACAUACAAAUCCAUCACUCGAUCUUACUUUCGCGGCGCAUCUGGAGCUCUUCUUGUUUUCGACAUCUCAAGACGCUCAACCUUCGUCUCCUGUACACAGUGGCUCCAGGAUCUACGUCUGAUCGCAGAAGAUGGAAUCGUGGUAAUUUUAGUGGGCAACAAAACCGACUUAGCGGGACAGGAAUCCGUAUCGAACCAAAGACAGGUGACGCAACAGGAGGCAGAGGAAUGGUGUCGCAUGAACAACAUCGUCCGCUACGUCGAAACCAGCGCCAAGUCUGGGGAUGGGGUGGAACAAGCCUUUUUGGAAGUCGCGGAGCGAAUUUAUCGUAAUAUUGAAGCCGGCAGAUAUGACCUUAAUGAUCGUCGCAGCGGAGUGAAAGGGUUUGGCGCCUCUGGUGGCAGUAACACCGGGGUACCAAAAACAAUUACUUUGGGCAUGGAUGACGCAAUGCGCAAAGGCAGUGGCUGGAGCGGGGGUUGCUGUUAA